GUCGAGCUCGACGUUCACCUCACUGCUGGCAGCAUAGACACCAUCGCCAGCCUUACGCCCCUCAGUAUACUCACUGCUUUGCUUGUCUUUUUACCUGCUUGACGUCACUCAACUCCAACUUCGUUAUAACGACUCGGACAAACAUGUCCCAAUCUUACUUCCCCACUUAUCGUCCUCUGCGCCCUACCGACUCUCUCGAGAAUAUCACCCCUCUGGCGACCCCUAUGCGUGAAGGGGAGGUACAUGACCUCGAUGCUUCAAGGGAGAAGGUAGAUGAUGUGCAGCAAUACCAGGAACAUCGUGAUCGCCUCACAAGCGCUCUCGAUGCAACCUCCUCAAUCCUGACCGACCUUCGCGAGUUCAACAAGGCUUCUUGGGUUGUGCGCUACCCGCAUUUGAAGCCAUCUUCCGAGCGUCCCAGCAAUGCGCGCCGCUCGCUGUCUUUUGCCGAUGAUCCGACGACAUCCACGGAAGUCGUUCUCACACCGCCUACCGAAGGUCGCUUGAGGCGCACGCUCACCACCGCUGAUGCCGAAGUUGCGAGCGACGUACCAGCUGCCGACCAGGUUUCAGCUAAUGAGACGGAUGGAUUGGUGACUAAGUCCGACGGCGACUUCCAUGUGCUCCGGCUCGACCUCAAGCUUGGUCCCCACGGCACCACCACCUCCGGCCCCACGCUUGUCAGUCAGCUGGAAAAAUCGUCCAUCGCUUCCCUUCUAUCUGAACGUAUCGCCACGAGCCUCGUCCACCUGUCCAAGUUGCGUGCUCGUGUGCAAGACACCUCGAGCAAAGUUCUCGUCACUGGUGAUCUCAACGCUGGCAAGAGUACCUUCGUCAAUGCCCUGCUGCGUCGCGAGGUGAUGCCUGUCGAUCAGCAGCCCUGCACAACCAUGUUCUGCGAGGUGCAUGAUGCGGCUGACAAUGAUGGAGCUGAGGAAGCACAUGUGGUGAAAGAAGGCUGCACGUACAACCAUGCAGACGAGAGCACUUUCACGCGCCACCCCCUCAAUGAGCUCGAAGAGAUCGUCACUGAAUCCGAUGCUGAACGCAUCUUGAAGCUCUACGUCAACGACCCUCGCGACCCACAAUCGUCCCUGGUCAACAACGGCACCGUGAACAUCUCGCUCAUUGAUGCUCCCGGUCUCAACCGCGACAGCUUGAAGACCACAGCCCUUUUCGCCCGCCAAGAGGAGAUCGACGUCGUUGUCUUCGUCGUCAGCGCUGAGAAUCAUUUCACUCUGUCCGCCAAGGAGUUCCUGUGGAACGCCAGCAACGAGAAAGCGUACUUGUUCAUCGUCGUCAACCGCUUUGAUCAGAUCCGCGACAAGGCGCGUUGCAAGCGUCUUGUGCUCGACCAGAUCCGCCAGCUUUCCCCGCGCACUUGGGAGGAUGCCGCAGAUCUCGUCCAUUUCGUCGAUUCCGCCUCUGUGGUCGAAACGGGUGAAAUUUCUGACUCCUUCCAGACUCUUGAGCACUCUCUGCGCUCUUUCGUCCUGCAGAAACGUGAAAAGUCGAAACUGCUCCCCGCGAUCACGUUCCUGAACAAGAUCCUGUCCGACCUGGAUCUGCUCACCUCUGCCAAUGCUCUCGCCGCGUCUGCUGAGUUGAAGCAGGCUCAGGAUGACCUGGCGCGUGCCCGGCCGAUCCUGGAGAAGAUGCUCGCCGGUCGCGAAGACUUAGAUGAAGCACUCGCCGGCGUGGAAGACAGUAUGAGCGGAGAGGCUGGCGACAAGGCAAAAGACAGAUUGGAGAAGGCAUUGGAACUAGUCGGCAAGGGUCAGAGUGCCAUGCCCGAAAUUGUGUCCAUGCCACGCUUCCCUGGCAUGCUCCAACUUUGGCAAUACACCCGCGAAGUCAAGAAGGCUCUCUUGCAGAGCAUCGACGAGGCUGUCAAAGCAGCCGAAAGCGACGCACGUCUCAUCGCAGUUCAAGGUGUCACCAAGGUUGGCACCCUCGGAGAUGCACACCUCCCGGUCGGCGUCGAACGGUCCAAGCGUAUUUUCAAGCCCGAAGCCAUGUUCGUUGUUCGCCCUGGGCACCAUAAGCGUCGGAGCUCACUGAACACGGUUGUUGUCGGCGGUGCCUACGGCCUGGGUAUUGGUCUAGCUGCCCAACCAAGUGCUCUUGAUGUCGAAUUCCGCGACAUCAUCGAUAUGCGGCAUUAUCUCAUGCGCUUCGCUUUGAUUGGCUCGCAAGACGGUAAGAGCCCUUUGCACGAAGAAUCGGAUAUUUCCACCAGCGCAAUCAGCAUGCUCUCCGUUGGCGUCGGUGCGGUCACUAUGGUCGGCGGGAAGACUCUCGGUGCUCGUGGGCUGCUCGAAGGCCUCGUCCGCAUCGGCGACCUCUUCGGCAACGCCGCGACCCGCAAAUGGGCUGCACCCCUGGCUGGUGCGCUUGCUCUCGGCCUGUCGCUAUACUUCAUCUAUGAGUUGCCCAACACCAUCCCGCGUACAGUCGGCAGGCAUAUCAAGACUAUUUUGACCGCCAACGAGCCUGGUUCCAGCCAGGUAGCUUCCACAUCGUCACCAGAGCAGAUGUCCUUCGCUCCUGCGCAUGCCCAUCGUAUCUCCAAGGAGACCCGUAAGGUGAUGCGUUUAGCUGCUUGGGACCUGCGUGAACGGUUCCGUCAAGCCGUUGACGAACGCGCAUCAGAGGUGAAGAACUGGGAAGAGAUUGAGCGUGUUGCUCAACGAGCAGUUGAAUGGCUCGAAGAAUGUGGGAGGCGAGCAGAGGAAGUGAGGCAAAAGGCUGGCCUUACUGGCGUAGUGGAUGCGCCUGUGUUGGCUCAGUGAGGAUCGGAGACCAUGUGACUGCGAAUGGGAGUGGAUCAUUACACAACUACUCAGACCCACUCAGAAAAUAUGCGUAAUACCUACACUCUUUCAUAUGGGAAGCUUCUGUAUGUAAUUUAUCUAUGAAAAUAUACGCAUACAUGCUAUAU